AUGGCUCAAUCUCAAGCUCAAGCUCAAGCUCAGUUGGAAGAGAUAGGAAGAAGAAGUAGUAGAAGGUUGUCUUUUCAACUCCCUGGUUCCUUCUCUGAGAGAAGUUCAAGCAUUAAUGGUUCUUUUAGAGAAGAGAAUGAUGAUGAGAAGGAGUUACAGUGGGCUGCAAUUGAGAGGUUGCCAACUUUCAGAAGGCUAAGAACAUCACUGUUUGAUUAUGAGAGUGGUAAUGGUAAUGGUAAAGGUAAAGGUAAAAGGUUGAUUGAUGUUACUAAAUUUGGAGCAGCAGAGAGGAGAUUGUUCAUUGAGAGUCUUAUCAAACACAUUGAGAAUGAUAAUCUCAAGUUGUUGCAGAAACAGAAAGAGAGAAUUGACAGAGUUGAUGUGAAACUUCCUACAAUUGAAGUGCGUUUUAAUAAUCUUAAUGUGGAAGCUGAAUGUCAAGUUGUUCAAGGAAAGCCUCUACCAACUUUAUGGAAUGCAGCCAAAGCCAGUUUCUCUGGGUUUUCAAGGUUUGCAGGUUUAAAGCAUGAAGAAGCAAAGAUUACAAUCAUUAAAAAUGUUAGUGGCAUCAUCAGACCUUCAAGGUAA